AUGCUCUCUGUACAUAUAAAACUAUUUGGCCCAUUAUACAAAUUUUCCAAAGGUCACGGUGGCAAAUUUGUUUUAGAUUCUCCAGUCAAGGUCGAAAACAUGAACUCUUUCGAUAAUCCUGGGGAAGGUGAUCAAAACAAUCCUCGACAGGCUGAAAUCGAGCAGAAAAAACUCGAUAUUGCAUGUUACAAACAUAGCUUGGAGCUAAACCGUAUUGCUCUUAGCAAGACCAUUUGGGAUAUACGUAAUUAUUGUUUCACUAACGCUCAAAAUGACCCCUUGCUCUGUCCCCCAAGAGACAAUCCAUAUAAAUCCCAACGAUCAUGUACAGUUAUUUAGGUUUUUUUACAGUUGCUUUCUUUUUAUAUAUAUAUUUGCUUCCUUUGAUUAUAACCUACUUAAAAUGCUUUUAAUUAUUUCACGCUAUGGAAAUAGUGAUUUCACUAACUUAUUUGCGAACAUCUGAUUGGUACUGAUAUUGUUGUUGAAGCCAAUGUCUAUGGAAAAAUGUCAAAAUAUAACUAUAUUGCAUAA